UCAGUGCAUGGACACUCUAUAAGAUGCUCAUUUGCAUUUGCCUCGCUCUAUCUGACYGAUUGAAACUWAACACCAGAGGUAACCGUUCUCUCUCUGUCAAGAUUUAUUUUGRUUAAGASAAGUUUUGCUUUCUGUGACUGCUCUUUGGGGAGGUGGUCGUUUCUGUGAAGGAUUUSCACAUUUCUCAUAUCUGGAAGUUUUCUUCCACUACUGUGUGUCUUGUCUUUUCUGCUGACAAGACGACCUGAGGAGUCAUACUGUACAACCCACACUAGUGCUUGGUCUUGCUCUGGGAAAGAAUCUCUCUGUGUCUCUCGUUGUGUGCCGGGACCCCUGGUGCGUGGACCUCGCUCAGGUACUACUUGACUAYCUCUUGGAGGAUCCUUUUUCAGUUCCUUAUAUUCUCUGAUCGGAGACAUCAUGGCUGAGGGUGGUGUCCCGUACCCCUCCGUGUUCAUGGUGGAUAGCCAUGCAACCUACCCACCGCUGCCCCCCAAGCCGAGACCUCCUGGUCGGGGUGGUGUGGCCCAAAGCCUGCUGUUCUUGCUGGUUGGUCUGGCUUUGUGUGGCUUGGCCAUAGAGGCCUGCUUCAUCUACCACCUCUACUCUAAACAGGGAUCUGUGGAGUCAGGGUCAGCUGGUAUGAGUAUCCAAGACCAAGAGGACAUUCCGAAGGAUGUUCCCCCAACUUCAAGACCAAACCCUAUUGUGUUGCCUUCAAAACCUGUUGCACAUCUGACAGCUGGACCUCAAGCACCCCAUGGAGAUGGAGUCAUGGUAUGGAACAUGCAGGCAGAACCGCUCCUCCAUGAAAUGGAGUACAAAGAUGGCAAGCUUGUCAUCCAGAAGCAAGGCUACUACUAUGUCUACUCUAAGAUCUUCUUCAGUGAGGUCAAUGUUGCGUUCACACACUCGGUCUGCAGAACUACUCCACGGUAUCUUGGGAAGGACAUUGAACUCCUUAAGUCCAGGAGAUAUUACCCCAAGUUUGGGAAAAUUAUGUCCACAUCAAACAGCUACCUGGGAGGGGUGUUCCACUUCUUUGAAGAUGACUCCAUCUUUGUCAAAGUGAAAAAUGUCACUCAAGUUCGGAUACAAUAUUCCACAGAGAACGUGUUUGGUAUCUAUAUGAUAUAAUAAGCCUGGGGUUGAUGAUGAAUAUACUUAUUUUUAGAUUGCUAGCUGAUUAUCAUUUGUUUAAGGCAUAAUAAUACUGUAGGCCAAUUUACAUGUAAUGUUGCUACGCAGGGCCUUCCCCCUUCCCGGCACACCAUCAUUUUCUUUAAACAAAUCCUUGCAUCAAGAUGCAAUUCGAUGCGUGGAAAAUUGACUGUUGAAGAAAAAGCCCCUUUAUAAUAAAGCCAUAAUAACGUUUGCCAUGUGGCAUACACUAGGCUACAGUUGAGCAGAGGCAUUUUUAGGAUGGGGAUUUUUUUUUGCAGGGUCGUAAAAGAAUCCGCUUUUUAAAAAAAAUGCAUUUAUGCAGUUCUACGUCAUUUACAUGACCUAAAGACAUUAGUUGAAUCUUUUUGUUACCACACAACUGACUGAAAUGACUGGCUACUCUGACACUGACAAACUGAGAUCAAUCUGGUCUUGAAUUCAAACAAACAAUAGCCCAGGCCAAUGAAGCGACACACGGAUUGUACAAUAUUAGGAGGCAAUAUAUAUACAGUAUAUACUGUAUAUCAUAGGUUACAGUAGGUUACUAAAUAAAAUGUCGAGUGGCACACUGAUUCACCUAAUGAUGAAGAUGAAGCCAUAGGCUUCUCACGGUGAGGGCUGAUGUUAGCUAAAAAUUGGGAGUUGUUAAGAACAUUUUUUUAUUGGUUCUAUAGACAGAUUAGUCUUCUCUUUUCACCAGUAGGCAUUUACUUUCCAAACUGUGCGUUUUUCCCACAAUUUUAUUUUGAAAUCUGCAAACUGACAGCUGCUUCCCAACCAUAGAAGUACAAUCCAUAGAUGGCAGUUCCCAUUCAAGUCAGAACUGGCAUCCACUGCUGGUGUACCACUUCAAUGGAGUAUAUAUCUAUGGCCAAAAAGCAACAAGCUGUAGCCUAUUUGGGGCGCAUGACCUUCCUGACUGUAGGCAUAGCAGUGACUGUCAAAAUAAAGGAAACACAUGAGUUAACAAGGGAUACAAGGUAUACAGUAUGUUAUGGUGUGGGAUGCAUUUUCCUGGCAUGGUUUAGAGCCACAUGUAUAAUCUAUGCCAAGGAGCUUUGAAGCUGUUCUGGCAGUUCAUGGUGGCGCAGCACCCUUUUAAGACACUUUUUGUUGGUGUUUCCUUAAUUUUGGAAGAUAUCUGUAUGUGCUUGUGAUAAAACUUAAUUCACAGUUAUUUUUUU